CAUGAUAUUCUAAGUUUUUGGAAAGGGUCUAUAUAAGGAAGUGAGAGCACAGCAUGUAGAUUUGCACAACUUAAAUAAAUUCUUUGUUUCAUUUUUCCCAAGAAAAAAAACCAAAAGCAUUGUGUUGCUGCAUCACAGUUCAGCAGAACUUACAGGCUGCAGCAUGCACAGUCAUGUCCUUCAAUGUUUGGACAGAGAUUACCAGAUUACCAGAGUAAUCAGCAAUCACUGAACGUGUCACUGAAGAAUUUAUUGUGUAUAAAGUGCGAGUUUAAAAAAAGCAGUCUCACAGGUUCCUACAGGUCUUCCUAGCUGUAAAAUGAGCCAACAGGUUUUUCUGUUGCAACGUGUUUACCGUCUUCAGCACACACCCCGCUGCGCUUCACAGUUACUGCAGGAUAUUUUAGAGCUGAGAGACUCAAACACAGGCUUUGUUUUGUUUUCCUCUCUCGUUUUAAAUGUGUUAAAAGCAGAGAUUUAGCUGAAUUGUUUUUUAGAAAAAGCUUCCUGUUGCUUUGUGGGAGCUCCAGCUGUUGCACUCUACAUUGACCUGACCCUGACACGUGUGAAUGUGCAGUGAUUCAUUGGCUGAACUGGUUCAGCCGCUGGGUGUGAAAAUCUGCUGAAGAAGAUGUUUGCUGCUGAAGCCAAAGCAUUUGUCCAGACGCUGGGAGAAACAGACCUCAUCUCUAAUGAUAACUUAAACUGUAAAAUGGAUCUGCUGACUCUGGUCAAAGUCACUGAGGGAAGUUUUUGGCCAGUACAGAAGUACAAAGUGAUACACUGCAGCCUGCCUGAGCUCAUGGAGGAGGAAAACUUCUCUCCAGAUUACACCGAGGAAGUCUUGGUGGAGGACUUUAAGAUCACUGCAGAGAAGAGUGGGAGUGGAGGUGUAGGUGGAGAAUGCAGUAAUGUAGGUGAAGCUUAUAUUAAUGCCAGCACUAGUUCUGUGGAUGGUCUGGUUCAGCCCGUCAGCAUGAUGACAAAGAAGGCCAAUGUUAAAACUGUGGUGAGCAGAUUCAAGGGCAGGAAAAUACAUAAGGACAGCUUGGACAUGCUGGGAUUGAAAGAGAAGGAUAAACUGAUGUUUGUUUCUCAAAUAGUUUACAACUCCAGCCCUGUCAAAGUUAUUAGAAAGUCUACGACUGAUGGCUCCAUUUUCACUUCUUAUGUAAAGAUGCUGAGUGUCUUUGCAAAGGGGAGCAGUAAGGUGGAGACAAGCUUCACUGUGCCAGCAAAAUCCAUCUUUGCUUACGGCCUGGUGGAGAUAAAGAUUGAGGAUGAGAAGCUGAAGAUCUCAUGUGAGCCGUGGACUCGUAGCUUACUCGAUUGGCUCCUUGGUGACAACGUAAGCAAUCCAACUGUGCAAAAAGUAAAAGAAGAACUGGAAAUGAAGGAAGCUCUUCUGCAGCCGCUGGCAGAUCUUCCUGAGUUGACUCGUUGUGAUCUGCUGCAAACACUCAGCGAGCUCGUAGAGGAUGGAGACAAUCUCUCUCUGCUGGAUAAAACACUGGAUCACUGCAGUAAUGGAGUGUUUGAGUGUGUUCAGUCUGAGGCUGUCUCUUCCUUCAUGGACCUUCUCAGUGUCUCAAACAUCUCCACAAGUGAGCAGGAUGCUGUUCACAUGUUGGUCAGCGCCCUGCACACUCUGCCAGACGAAGUGCCGCCACUUCUGACUCGCUGCAGUCCAGAUACUCUGAGAGUCCUCGACCAGCUGGUGGAUGAGCUGAAGGAUGGUCGGGCCAACCUCCCAGAGUCCCUGCCCGUCCCCCUGCAGGAGGGAGGGGAGCUCCGCUGGGCGGCCGAGUUCAUCUGUUUGAACGAUCAGAAGCUGAAAGAGUUGAGUGACGGCUGGGACCGACCCGAGCUGCCCCCAGAGGUUCUGCUGGAGGUUCUGUGCCUCGCUGUGCAGGGACUCAGCCUGAUGCAGCCCACAACAAACCCUUAAUGUCAGCUGCUCUGAUCUUUGUUAAUGUGCUUUUACAGCAGCUGAUGUUUGUGAUGGUUCAGUGUCCAGUCAAGUGAAUACAUCAUAGUUUUGAUGUCCAUCGCUGAUUCCACAAUUGGUGAACUUUAAUUCAAUGUCUCUCUCUGAUUUUGUUUCCUGUUUCACUUUGUCAUCUUUCAAAGAUAACAUCAAAAAUAACCAACAGAAUUCAUAUUCUAUUAAAGUAACAUACCUUUAUUAAGUUCUUUACAUUAUUGUUAUGGUUCAUGUCAUGUUUCCUGUAAUUUGACGGUUUUCCUGGACUCUUUUUGUUUGCAGACUCCACUUUAGUCAUUGCGUCUCCAACCUCUUCAUGUUCAUUUUGAGUUUUUUAAGUUCUUUAUAAAUACUUUUUAAAUUCCUGGUUAUUAAAGGUUUGAAAUUACGUGAAGGGAACAAGUGGAACAGUUUUUGUAUUAGAAUAAAAAAGAAUGUUUAAAAACAUGAAUGAUGAUGGAUGAUUAAGGCUGGACAUAGAUAAAAGUUUCAAUUUAGGGGGCAAGUCAGAAAAUCAUAAAAACUGUAUGGAACAUAUCACAAUUAUAAUGAGCUGCCUACCUAUCAUAUUUAGGAAAAUCUCAUCUUAAAGUCUGUAAUCUUAAAGUCUAUAUGCUAACUGCUGAUCUAAAAUUGGAUUGUGCUAAUGAGAGAUUAAUGUUGUGCUCAGAGGUAAAAACAGGGUCAACAAUGUAAAUAAUAUAAGACAGCGAUGAGGUGUUACACCCUCUGUAAUCCCCACUUGCCUUGUACUGACAGUGUAAGAGUGUCUGGGUGUUGUUGAGGUUUAAUUGCUUCUUAUCUGCGUCUGAUGAGGUGUGGCUGAUGGCAUGUCUGAGGAGAGUUUGGGGGAUAUUACUUCUGGCCUUGAUACUCUCUAGGUUGUUAUUUUGAUUGGAUGUUUUUUGGUCAUUUAAACUAAAAACAAAGGUUUCUACAAAGUUUGGUUUCAGUCUCCACUUCAUGUUGCAGGUUUUCAUUCAGAUCUAAUAGUGAGGUAAUAAUGUAAAUAUAUGUUUGGCUCAAUGAACAUGAAGUAAACAUGUUAUCAGAAUGA